AUGCACUCUUGUGGUGUGGAGAGCACAGCAAGGACGUGUUACUUCGGUCCCCCACUGAAACCUGAUCUUGACAACCCGGAUUACUGGAUGAAGCUAGUCAUGAAAGAGAUACAGGAGCAUUGCCCGGGAAAGAGGGGAUGUAGCUCAGCUGAGGAGGGACUUACAGAGCCAGCUCCUAAUAUAGUCGAAUGUUCAGCCCCCAAGCCAUUAGGAUUGUCGGACGGAACCAUCGCCGAUUCACAAAUUUCGGCGUCAAGUAGUCAGCCCACUUUCAAUGCCCAGGAAGCACGCCUCUUCGUUGGUGAUGGAUGGGCAUCUGAGAGUAUCGACACCAAUCCCUGGAUUGAGGUGGACCUUGGUGAGAGUACAGUGGUGUCUGGUGUCGUCACAGAAGCAUACCUUUACCUGACAGGCAUUUGCCAACUUGUUACGAAGUACAGGGUGGCGUAUCAGACACAAUCCUCAUCUGACCGGGUACUGGUGACGGACGGCAAAGGAAAUGCCACGUUGUUCAAAGGCAACACCGAGUGCGGCAACCCGGUCAUGAACUUGUUUAAUGGGAGUGUGGUUGCUAGAGUAGUGCGCGUUGAGCCUGUUGAAUGGCGUACGAAAGUUGCUCUGAAGUUGGAGUUGCUUGGUUGUCGCCAUGAGUAG